AUGCCGAAGUCCCUAUAUCCCGACAGCACGAGCAAAAAGGAGAAGCAGGAAUGGAGCCGGACAGAUGAUAAAUCCAAGAGCCAGGCCACAACGGAGAAGGAUCAGAAGGGCUCUACAAGAAAAGCGGAGGAGGAAUUUCCCAAGGCACCAAAACCGGUCAUUGGAAUGACUGACGAGAGGGGCGAGGUCAGUAAUAAUAGGAUACCGAUUCCUGUUCCAAUGUUCACUGAAGGUGGAUGGCUGAUAUUUGCAUUCGUGAGUGGUGCAGAAGGGUGCCUGAGUAUGAGUCGCCAGGAGCAGGAGGAAGAAAAUUGGGGCAUGCCUCCCCAAUCUAGCUGUUGA